UUCUCAUGGUGCAGCUCAUUAAUUUUUAUAAAGAUGUAUACUGUUGAGUAAGAAUGUAUACCAGAUGUUGUCUUUUAUUUAUCUAAAAUUUUCGUUUCCAUUGAAAUCUAUAUUUGACACGUUGCUAUAUCACAAUACUUAAGAAAAACAUUAACAAAAUCAAGUAAAUACGGAUAUUGGAAAAGUUCCGAUGUGGCGGCCGACCAUCGAGUUUGUAUUUGGGCUUUCCCUCGGGUUUAUUUACGCAUAUCUAAAUGCUUACUUAUUAUCAGAUACUACGAUCAGUCGUCGAUCCACAAGAUGCAUCUGUCCUCAACCAGACGAACUGGCCCAUAAAGCAUUUACCUUGAGAGAAGGUGAAAGAAAUCUCCACACACAAAUCGGAGCUGAACAAACCAGGCUGCAAGAAGAACGGAGCCACUUUUUAACCACUACAACUACCAACAUCGCGGAAUCAAACACAAAUACUUCAUCUAUUAAAAACAUUCGUUUGCUAUGCUGGAUAAUGACAAGUCCGGAAAAUUUAGAGAAAAGAUCAAAGUACGUUCAAAUGACAUGGGCACCACGUUGUGAUAAGCAUUUAUUCAUAAGUUCAGAGACAAACGACACUUUUCCCACUGUCGGAAUUUAUACUUCAGAAGGCCGCAAACAUCUUACGGAGAAAACAAUGCAAGGGUUUGAAUAUGUCUAUAAACACCAUUUUAAUGAUGCUGAUUGGUUCUUAAAAGCGGAUGAUGACGCUUACGUCAUCGUCGAAAAUCUGAAAUACUUUUUAUCCAGUCAAAACACAGAGGAUCCAAUUUAUUUUGGUCACCAUUUUAAAGUUAUUGUCGAACAAGGCUAUUUUAGCGGCGGUUCGGGUUUUGUUGUAAGCAAAGAAGCACUUAGGCGUUUUGGUCAAACUGGCAGCGAUUCAAACUAUUGUCGAAAUCAGCAUGGCGUAGCAGGGGAUGCAAAUUUUGGUAGAUGUAUGCAAAAUUUAGGUGUCAAGAUUGGAAACUCUACGGAUAAGUACGGCAGAAAUCGCUUCCACUGCUUUGAUCCGGAAAUGCAUUUGAGAGGCAAUUACCCUGCAUGGUAUUACACUUACGAUGCAAACGGGGCAAGAUCAGGUACUGAAAGUAUGAGCAAAUACGCAAUAUCAUUUCAUUACGUGGCGAAGCAAUUUCUCACAAUACAUAACCUUUUAUAUCAUAUGAAACCUUAUGGGCUUGAAGCUGAUGAUCCUGAAGAUAUAAAUCAAGACCAUACAUAAAUUAUUUUUAUUGCAUGUAAUUUGGUUUGAAAUAAUUGUGCAUAUAUCUGCCACAAAUAUGCCACAAACGUUUAUUUUAAAACAUAUUAUUAAAUUAUGGUCGAUAAAAUGUUUUCUAUAAACCGUGUACAUAGCCGUGUCCUAUAUUGGUUUGCUUUUGUCCGUCUGUGACAUAUAGUUUGAUGAUUGUGUAAAUUUAUUGAUAUUAUUUGAAAGGCGCUUAACCAUGACAUGAAGUUGAUUGACGGAUAGAUAUGACAAGAAUCUGAUCUGACUUUUUGACAGUGUUUGUUUUACAAGUGAGGUCCCAAAACGCUACGGAAAAGAAUGCUUACAAUACUCUAUUUCAUUAUUUAUUUAGGGGGUGGGGGGGGGGGGGUCCGAGGGGAUAUUUAGCCAUACUUUGCUACAAAACCAAAAAGGACGGGGUAUAUAACUAAAGGGAGCUUGAUCUGGGAUAUUGUAUUCAGUUUAACGCCGGAUCACUGAAAACAACAUCAAAGGUCAGGCUUCUAUUAUAAUUACUCAUAACUGUUACUGACAAUUGAUGGUAACGCAUAUAUUUUAUUCAACUACCGUACACCGAAUACGUUGAGGAGAUCAGAUAAUCUAAAGUUAAAUUUCGCGUGUUUCACUAAAAUUUGUAUUACAUAUAUUAUCGUUUACUUCUGCUGUCGAGCCGUACUGAACCAAAUAGCUUAGUUACCACUAGUAAUGAUACAUCAAGGUGAUUUUCGUUUGAAUAGUAAUAUAUCCCAAACAGUGAUUUACCGCUGAAUAAAAUCAGUUUUUGGAGUUCAGAUGCGGAGGAUAUCACGAGUUUCUAGAUACUAAGUUUAAUUAAGAGAAAUUUAUAAUACAAAAUACGCAUUCAGUAUAUUACAGUAUAUUUCUUUUCAACGCUUAGAUACUAUCUAAAUCAAACGCCAGGUAGACAAAGUACCGCACGGAGUGUGUUUUAUGACAUGUAAAUAGAAUAGGAAAUACCUAUUUGAUAAUCCCAUUUCUGUUGAUUUAUUGCACCCAUUCUUUUCAACAUUGAAGAUUAUGAAAGUAUUUAACCCUUAUCAUGCUGGAUACGAUUGAUUCUGCAUUUGCGACCAGUGCAGAACAAGAUCAGCCUGCACAUCCGUGCAGUUUGAUCAUGAUCUGCACAGUUCGCUAUUCAGCCAGUAAGCACCCCUUUUAACAGCUAACUGUGCUGUCCAAACUGGAAGAUGGACAAGUUCAUUAUAGAAAUUUAGCAGGGUAAGCUUAGGGAUAAUCACUGGAUAAUUGCUAUUAUUUGUUAAUGUGGUGUUUAAAGUAAUUGUUGACUUUUGAAAUGUCUCUUAUAAUAUUAGACGAAAUGACCACAUACAUUGUGAAAUUUUAUUUUAAAUUGAAUAUGAUUUCGUGUUGUUUUAUUUUAUGAAAAAUAUUUGUAUAAGAUGAAAUGAUCACAUACAUUUUGAAAUUUUGUUUUAAAUUGAAUAUGAUUUCGUGUUGUUUUAUUUUAUGAAAUAUAUUUGUGUUAGAUGAAAUGACCACAAACAUUGUGAAAUUUUGUUUUAAAUUGAAUAUGAUUUCGUGUUGUUUUAUUUUAUGAAAUAUAUUUGUAUUCGAUGAAAUGACCACAAACAUUGUGAAAUUUUGUUUUAAAUUGAAUAUGAUUUCGUGUUGUUUUAUUUUAUGAAAUAUAUUUGUGUUAGAUGAAAUGACCACAAACACAAACAUUGUGAAAUUUUAUUUUAAAUUGAAUAUGAUUUCGUGUUGUUUUAUUUUGUGAAAUAUAUUGGUAUUAGAUGAAAUGACCACAAACAUUGUGAAGUUUUGUUUUAAAUUGAAUAUGAUUUCGUGUUGUUUUAUUUUAUGAAAUAGAUUUGUAUUCGAUGAAAUGACCACAAACAUUGUGAAAUUUUGUUUUAAAUUGAAUAUGAUUUCGUGUUGUUUUAUUUUAUGAAAUAGAUUUGUAUUCGAUGAAAUGACCACAAACAUUGUGGAAUUUUGUUUUAAAUUGAAAAUGAUUUCGUGUUGUUUUAUUUUAUGAAAUAUAUUUGUAUUCGAUGAAAUGACCACAAACAUUGUGAAAUUUUGUUUUAAAUUGAAUAUGAUUUCAUGUUGUUUUAUUUUAUGAAAUAUAUUGGUAUUAGAUGAAAUGACCACAUAAUUAUAUUGUGAAAUUUUGAUUUAAAUUGAAUAUAAUUGAACAUGCUGUUUAAUUUUAUGAAAUAUAUUUGUAUUUGACUUAAGGAUGAUACACUAAUAAACUAAGGAAAACAUUA